AUGGCGGAACCCUUUGUAUCAAUCAGGAAACAUAUAAAAUGGGGAGAUAGAGCAGCAAAAGAAAAUACAAACACUCUUGUCCUAACGUCUGCCGAUAAACACUAUGUAGACAUUCGAAUCCUUGACCCAUCCCAUCCACUCCCAAACAGUACCACCGACCCUCAAGCAAUAUUGAGGUUGGAGUGGGGUUUUGCGGGAACUGCAAUCAGCACUCCCGCAGUUUUCAAAGAUGGUGAUAAAAGCAUCUUGAUCAAGCCUGCACACACGCAGUGGGUUCAUGAAAUAGAUAAUAAGAUACGAAAUCCUGGACCGAAUGAUCGUGAUGAGGGUUACAUGUAUCCUGUGGAGGGCACAAACGAAGUUUUAGAAAAGGGUGCUAUGGUGAAUCCGGACACCGGGAAAGUGGAAGACUAUGAAGAAUUAUGGGAGGAUCUCGAGGUUGGAAUGAUGGAAGGGGAGAAGAGUGAUUAUUUUAUGAGUUGGGUGCUGAAGACGAAAGAUGCUGGUGAGGUGAACGGGAUGGUAAUUAGAAUUGGCGAGUGGGUACAGGGGGUCAUGAGAAAGGGGGAUGACUUCUCAGUUGUUAGGUGGAAAUGGACUACCGAAGAAGGAUGGAAAAGAGUGUUGGCGAUCGGUGAAGAUUUCGGACUAGAUAGCAAGGUCUUUGAGAGAGAGAUAUCUGUGGGUGACAGCAUCAAGGUUGACAGCGGCGUGGAGUGGGAAUUCAAAAGCUGUCACAAGCACAGGAAGUAA